AUGAGUAGAAAAGGAGUUAUAACCAAAAGAGUGAAGACUGUCCAGACGGCUCUAUCGAGAAUCAGCGCCCAACCGCGCAGUCCGGCUGGCCGAGGAACGAUGUUCCGCGCUCGGCCAAAACCGUAUGUCCGACUGAAGUCUCGGCCAAAGUCCAAACCACUCGGCCGAUCACGCACGACCCGGGAAACAUGUCCCGCGGUCGGCCAAGCCAAACGUCCACGCCACACCGCGCACGACCAAAGCGCGCGAGCCGGGAACAAGCCUCGCGGCCGCGCAACCCAUCUCGCGUACCACGGCCGAUGCAUCCGUCCGAGCCGGGGAAGAACGUCCCACGUCCGGCCGAGAAUUUCAUCGGCCAAUCUUCAUCCGCUCCGACCACGCCGGCCGACCGCGAAUCCGUCCGACCCCGACCGUUCCGACUCGGCCCACGAUCCGACUGUCCGGCCGAUCGUCCCGACGACCGUCCCAACGCCGCGGUCGACCCGAAGCCCUUUUGAAGCCCAAACUUAUGUUUUCAAGCCCGGCUUAACCCUAAGCCGCCUCUAG